AUGCAUAUCGCCGAUUUCGUGUCCGGCUCCUUGGCAGGGGCCUGUGGCCUGGCUGUGGGCUAUCCUCUGGACACUGUCAAGGUCAGAAUCCAAACCCAAAGACAGUUCACUGGAGUAUGGCAGUGUAUCGCCUCCACAUUUUCCAAAGAAGGGGUGCACGGCUUCUUCAAGGGCAUGUCACUGCCAAUGGCAACGAUGUCCGUCACGUCUUCAGUGGCAUUCGGGACCUACAGGAACUGUCUUUACUGUCUAAAGCAGGCGCGAGGAGCACCCUAUGGCCCCAGCACCAAGCCGGAAAUCUUCCUGUCAGGAAUGGUAGGCGGAAUAAUGCAGAUGCUGUUUAUAGCACCCGGUGACAUCAUCAAAGUGCGCCUUCAGUGUCAGACAGAGUCCGUGCGGCGAGGGAGCAAGCCCAAGUACCGUGGGCCAGCCCACUGUCUCCUGAGCAUCCUCAAGGAGGAGGGCUUACGGGGGCUGUACCGGGGGGCCUUGCCGCUGGCGCUGAGGGAUGGCCCCGGGUUCGCCAUCUAUUUUUUGAGCUACAACACCAUUUGUGAAAUGCUGACAGGGAACGGGAAAGAUAAACCAGCCUGGAGCGCUGUGAUGCUGGCCGGAGGCUUUGCUGGCACAUUGGCGUGGUCCUUCAGCACGCCGAUGGACGUGAUCAAGGCCCGCAUGCAGAUGGACGGCGUCCGUGGUACGCGGCAUUACAGCGGGCUGGUGCACUGCAUUACAGAGACGGCGCGGACUGAGGGCGUGGCCGUCUUCUACCGGAGCAUGGGCAUUAACUGCCUGCGUGCCUUCCCGGUCAAUGUGGUGGUGUUUGUCACCUACGAGCUUCUGACUGGCCUCUUGCAGGCCACGCCGGACCAUACCGAUCCCCCUCGGGUGGGCUUGGAGUAA